UUCAACAUGGCGUCCUAGUUGUGACUUGAGUUAAGUUGUAGAAUCUUAUUUCUUUCUCGACAGUACAGACAAGGCGUUUCUCAGUUCCGUCACUUCGCCCAUUCGGUAUCACCAUAAUUCUGUUUAAUUUGUGAUGACUACAAUGGAUGGGUACAAAGGAAGACAGUGUUUUACUCUUUUGUUGAACUGGCUGAGUUACGCAUCAACUUACUUGCUUCGAAAACCGUUGGGAGUGGUCAAAGCAGACAUGGCAAAAGUAUACAAUUUAUCAAGAACGCAACUUGGUUUUUUGGACACAGCUUUCCUAUUGCCAUACGCUGUUAUGCAGAUGGCGUUAUCAUCAUUUGGUGACAAAUAUGGGCCUCGGAGGGCAUUGGCUCUUUGUUUGAUAUGUUCUUCACUAUCAAUGAUCUCCUUUGGUUACUGGAACAGCAUUUUCAUAUUUACAGUUCUCCUUUUCUUCAACGGAACAGCUCAGUCUACAGCCUGGCCAAAUGCAGUUAAAUCACUGACUGGAUGGUUUACCAACCAGCAGAGGAUGACUAUUUUUGGUUUGUUUGGCACCAGUAGUUUUGCAGGAGGAAUUCUAGGAACAGCUAUGGCUGUUCAACUGCUGUCUUUGUUUGGUCCAGAUAUGAAAAUGGUCUUUUUCAUUCCAUCUGUGAUUGUGGGUAGCAUUGGUAUUCUGGAUUUCUUAUUCCUCAGUUCUCCUUCAGAGCUUGGGAUUCCUGAUGCAAAUGCAGCUGAAGCACCUUCAAGUACUCCAGAAACUGCUAACACACAAGCUCAACUCAGCUAUGCUCAAUUGUGGAGUUUAAGGAUGAUCCCAGAACUUAGCUGGGCUACUUGUUGUGUGAAGUUAGUCAGAUACUGUAUGUACAUGUGGCUGCCAAUGUAUCUUUACCAAGCGCUCAACUACACCAAACUCCAGGCCGGCUACUUGUCCACAAUGUUUGAAAUUGGAGGAGUCGUGGGUACUACUGCACUGGGCUUCGUCGUAAAUAGGUUUUUUCAGGGUAGAGCUGUGUAUGGUGUGACUCUGGCUUUGUUGGGAAGUACAAUUUUUAUGGCUCUUUUUCAGUACACCGGAGACUGGGGUCUCAUGGUGAACGCCUUAUUUAUGUUCCUGGCCGGAGCUUGCAACUGUGGCGUUGAUCCGUACCUGAGUGGUUCAAUUCCAGCAGAGAUUGGCGAGCGGGAUAACGCACAAGCAGCUGCUACUGGCCUUGUCAAUGGUUUUGGUGGCAUUGGCCCUAUAAUUGAAGGGCCCGUUGUGGGCUGGAUCGCUGACAGGUACGGCUGGACAGGGCCCUUUUACUUGAUGGUGGCCAUGUCUCUUCUUAGCUUCCUCAUAAUGGUGAGGGCUCACAGAAUGGACCAGUCGAUGAAAAGGGCGCAAUUUAUGGGAACAAUAACUGCAGAAACAGCCUGAAGAACCCUGUGUUUAGCAAAAAAGAUGAGCGAUCAAUCACAGAGCGCCAACCAGUGAAAACCUCGUUCUUAGAUCCUUAUUUUGUGAUCGUAUCGGUGGACAUGGUUUAGCCGUGAGAGGCCCGAAAAGCAGGUUACGUAAAUCGUUAGGGAAUAGAUUUUAUUCAAAUUUUCUUUGAUUACCGCGUAAGGUUUUAAAUGCAAGAUUACGCGUUUGCUCACACUAGCGCAUCCCCUAAUUGCUCAAAUAGCCGUUACGCCGUGUUGUGGCUACUUUGCUUCCUUUUUAAAGUCUGUUGUAACAUUCGUACAUAAUUUCCUUAUUUGUGGAGAUGAUAAUUUAGUUAGAAUAUGUGCUGGUGAUGAAUAAAGAGACUUAAUGUCGUCGAACUGCUA